CUCUACAACAGGUGCAUGAAAAACCAAAAGCCAAAAGAAAACCAUUUGAAAAUGACAGCCGUGACAGUCUGGAAAAUGUUUGUAAACAAUUCCACAUUUGACGUUUCCAGGCGCGAAUGCUGUUUGUUUUGAUUUGCAGCUCACAAAGUUUCCUUUGGCUUUGGCGUAGGUUUCGCGAAGAAAGCGUUCUGUGUUCCGUGCACGAAAUCGCAACGAUGACCGACCAAACACAAACGGCAACCAACCCGCGGAGGAUUUAUCUAACGCCCGAAGAAAUAUUGGCUGAAAAGAUCUACAUCUGCUCGUUCGAAAACUGCUUCGCGAUGUUGCACAAUCUGGCCAAUUUGCAGAUGCAUCUCACCCGACAUCACAAAGCGCCGGCAAUUAAUCUACAAUCCCUGAAUGGUGCUGCCGAAUCGGAACGCACCCACUUCUACUGUCCGCACGAAAGCUGUCCGUAUUAUCAAACGCCGGAAGAAAGAACAAAUGGUGCACGUUACUUCGGUUCACUUCGUUCGCUGAAGCAACACUACCUGAAGGUGCACGGUGAGCGAAAGCAUCGGUGUGAGGCAUGCGAAAAAUCGUUCGCUACCCAAAGCUACCUGCGCCAUCAUCGGUUAUCCUGUGGGCAGAAGUUUAGCUGUGACCACUGCUCGUACACUUACGGUUCUCGGGAAGCAUUGCUGACCCAUGCAAAACGGAAGCGGCACGGAUAUGAAGAGCUACUUUCGGCAAAGAAAGCACACCGCGUGAAACCGGCAAAACAGGUGGCUGAAGUGAAAUGUGUCAGUACCGCCACACAAACGUUGUCUGAGCGUUCGGAAAGCAAAACUACACAAACGAUAACUUCAAACACGGUUGCCGUUGAAACGCGUGAAGCUGAAAUUCGACUCCCCGUAGAGACAGUGGCAACCCUCGUACAGACUUGCACCGUUCCUGAGCCGAUCGUACACGGAACGGAACCACUCGCACCUGUCGUUUGCACUGAAACGCAGACCGAUUUCAUCGAUGUAAUGUUCGCACACACGGAAAACCGACACGAUCCGCUGCUUUCCUAUGCUCACAUGUACACACAGACGUCUGACGAACCGGGUCUGCUUGCUGAUUUGGGUUUGUCCACCACGGAAACACAAACCAGCUGGAACGAGGAAAGUGAAACGUUCGGGGAUUACCUUGUAUCGACGGAAACGCAAACGAAUUUCGAUAUCGACAGCUUUGAUUGUUCCAGCAAUAGCAUCGGCGAUAAAGCUGAUCCGGUCAACAGCAAGCAUACCCAGGUGCCGGAAGCAAUGGCUGAUGAAUUCCACCUGCUAAGAGGAGCUAGCAGUUUUCUGAGCGAUAUUGCUGAUACGAUCGAUGAUCAUAGAGCCGUUCACACACAAACCUCUUGAUAUGAGGAGAACCACGGUGAGGAUCACAGGUUCAGGAGUUUCGAAUUUUAGCUGUACUUUUGCGCUGGCUCUAGCUCACUACAGGUUAAAUAUUCUAAAGGGUUUAUUAAGUAGGUUAUAGCCAGUAAAGAUAAGGAAGAGGAAUAUCAAGCUUGAAUCAUGUCUGCAAUAGUUACGAUAAUGUUAAUUGCCAAAGAAAAUAUUAUACUAUAGAGCACAAAUCAUUCGUUGCCAAGCCCAACUUCUGAGGGACUGUAUUGGACGAAGCACUACAAAUUGCUGUGUUAAUAAAAGGGUCAAUAUCAAUCAAUAAAGUAUUUGAAGAUCUAUUAUGGAGCUAAAAACAAAUGUUGUUAAUCGUAAAAUUGAUAAAUUUGUUGAAAACGAACAAAAAAAGAAUAAACUCCAAGUUCUUCAACCGUCUA